AUGGCCUACGAGUUCACGCCGUCCAGGAAAUUCAAGAUCUCCGUCGCAGGAUUCUCGGUCUACCUGCUUCGACGCUAUCUUAUCAAGGACCUAUCGCUAUCCAACUUCUUCCUUCUCUGGGCCCUCUUCACCAUCGCUCCCGGCUUAUGGAAGGCUUUCUACACAGUCGUUCUCUAUGCAAACUUUCUAUCGCCUUAUCGUUCGUUCAAGCACCCUAAUGAGAAAAUGCAUUGGAUCGUGGGUCAUCUAUCUGGGAUUCACUCCGCCCCUCCAGGCAUGAAGCAUCUCGAGUGGAUGGAGUCCUACCCCGAGGACUCCUGGAUCCGCUACAGAGGAUUUUUCGGCCUUGAACGAAUCAUUCCUUACGGCCCGGCUGAGCUGCAGGCGAUUCUCAUGACGAACUCGUACGAUUUCGUCAGGCCUAAUGAAACGCGCAACAACCUCUCGCUCAUUCUGGGAGACGGAAUUUUAGCGGCUGAGGGGGAUUCCCACAAACGACAGCGGAGACUGCUAAACCCUGCAUUCUCGUUUGGCCACAUCAAGGGACUUACGCCGAUUUUCCUGGACAAGUCGCUGCAACUGGCUGAUUACCUGUCUAAGGAAUUGGAAGAGGCUCUGGCGAAGAAGCCUGCUGCUGACAGUGCUGACAGUGAAACAAAGGAAUCUGAGUCGACAGAUUCGGAUGACAAGGCUUAUGUUCUUGGUCCAGGCGAAGCAGUCAUCAACGUCGACCACCCUAUUCAUUCAACCACGCUCAACAUCAUCUUCCUCGCUGGCUUUGGAACCAAGUUUGACGCUCUGGCCAACCCUGAUGAUCCACUCGUGCAAGCAUACCGAGCCGUAUUCACGGUCCCAGACUCUAUCUCGACCUGGAUGAAAGCGCAGUUUGUGCUAAACAUGGUCUUCGGCGCGGGCGUGCUGCCUACGAAGCGUAACCGCGACGUAGCAAAGGCGAAGAAAGUCGUGCAGAGUUACUGCUUGAAGCUGAUUGAGGAGAAGCAUCAGAAACAAAAGAUCGCGGCUACUUUUAACCAGAAGGCUAGCAAUGUCGAUAAAGAUCUUUUGAAUGUCAUGAUCGAGGAGGCACAGGAAGCUGAGGUGAAGACGGAUAUCAAGAAGACUACACCAGCGAAGAAAGGUAGAUCAGAUGCCAAAGCUGGCCUCACGGAUCGGGAAAUCCUCAACAACAUGAUGACCUUCCUCGCGGCCGGCCACGAAACAACUUCCAGCGCGACCUCUAUCGCCAUCUAUCUUCUCACCAAGUUCCCAGAAGUCCAGACAAAGCUCAGAGACGAGCUUCGUAAAGCCGUCCCCGAGGUUUUCGAAAAAUCUUUGAACAAAGAAAAGAUCUGCGAAGAGGUGACCUAUGGACGAAUCGAUUCAAUCAAGUAUCUCAACAACUUCAUGCACGAAGUCUUUCGGUACUGUCCCCCUGUCUCAGUCACCAACCGUCGAGCAGACAAAGACGUUCAGAUCGGAGACGUCAAAAUCAUCAAAGACACAAUCAUCUUCCUCGUUCCUGCAGCUCUCAACAGACUCAAGCGAGUCUGGGGCCCCGACGCCAACGAAUUCAACCCAGAUCGGUGGGACAACCUGCCGGCUACAGCGCAGAAUCCCUACGUCAACCUCACAUUCUUACAAGGCCCGCGCUCAUGCAUUGGCCGGCGAUUUGCAGAGAUGGAGUUUAAAUGUUUAUUGAUUGCUCUUAUUAGUAGAUUCGAGUUUAAGGAGAAAGAGCCUGGCGUGGAGCUGAAGAUGCGGAGUGUGGUGACUACGAAGUUUGCUAAGCCUCUGGAAGUGGUUGCGAAACUUGUUUAA